AUGGGCUGGUCUGUCGCUGCGUUUGCAUGGAUCUGCCUCAUCGCGCGCGCAAGUGCCCAGGGCACCGCCGCGACGGCGGACGGGAGCAGCAUCGCGACGCGAACGAGGAAUUCCGGCUACCGGGCCCUCGUGCAGCGCAUCGUCGACGACGGCAUCGCGAAGCAUCCCAAGUUCCGCGAGCUCAAGCCCUACCAGCACAUCGUCAGCCUCAUGUCGAAGGCGCAGGGCGCGCACCGGCGCCGACGCGGGCACAUGCUGGAGACGGCCCAGGCCGUCGACGGGUCGUUCCUGGCCUCGGACGCCUUCCUCGCCGGCGCCGCGGAGCACGGGCGCAUCGGGGGCGGGCCGUCGGUGCCGCUCCGGGGCCACCGCGUGCCGACGACGCUCUGGCGCUACGCGCGCCGCCGCGCGGGACUUUGCGCGGGCCCGCGCGGAGCGCCGACGCGCCCCCCGCAGGCGCGCGUGUACGCGGACCUCCGCGCGCUCUUCGGCGCCGGCUCUGACUUCGACGCGAACGUCGCGGAGGUCGGCGUCGGCUACGGCGCGCAGAGCGACGUCGUGCAGCGCCUCGGCGGCCUCUUGGACGGCGCGCCGGCCCGCGACCGCCGGUACACGCUCUGCGACCUGCCGGAGGUCGAGAAACUCGCGGGCCAGUACCUCGCGGCCGUGCGGCGAUCGGAGGAGCCGCCGCGGGCGACGCUCAACGCGGCGCCCGACGCGACGGCGACGUGCGGCGCGACGAACUUCACGCUCUUCCUGUCCAACUACGCGUUCUCGGAGCUGAGCGCGGACGUGCAGCAGAUCUACUGGGACCAGAUCGUCAAGUGCUCGGCGCGGGGCUACGUGACGAUGAACGGGCUCGACUUCAUCGCUCGGCUCCGCCGCGCGGGCUUCGGCGACGCGACGCUCAUGGACUCCUACCCCCAAGAGCUCUGCCCGAACAUCACCCAAGGCGUCGUCGUCUGGGGCGCGCCCCUCGCGGCCGUCGAACGGGUCGAGGCCGCGGCACUCGGCACGCCGGCCCUCAGGAGCAAGCAGGCGAAGAAGGCGCGGGAGUGCGCCGCGCACGCCACGCGCUGGUGCCGCGAGUCCCGGUCGAUGCCCAGCCGCCGCCAGUUCCGGAUCUGGUGCGACUACGACAAGAACAUCAACGCGAUGCAGUGGCGCGCGGCGGACGCCGCGCGCGCAGCCGUGCGGCACUAG